AUGGCCAGAAUCAGACCAUGCGGUAGGGCUAGGAAAUGCAACCUGACAUCCGCGAUAAGGCAUACCUCGUCGAUCUCCCAUUCUAGAGCCCGCUUAUCACGCGCUCAGUCCGAGCAAAUCGCGGCCGACCGUUGCAAGAUUCCAUUCUCGAUCAUAAGCAUGCCUAAGAGUUGCGAUAGACCUGCCUAUUCAGUAGCACUCGCAAUUAAUAGCGCCAAGAUGACAGCCAAGAAGUGCAUCAUGAUAUUUAAAUCCGAAAUCCGAACGCCAAGUGGCAUUGCGUGCGAUUCAGCGGAGAAUUUACCACUCGGCGCCGAGAAAAUGGCCUAUCGUACCCGUCUUGGCCCAGCCUGUCAACAUGCGGCUCUGCAUUGA